GAAGCGCGCGCCCUCCCCUCUCCUCCUCCUUCACGAGGAUCACAGCACGCGAGCACUUCUUACUGUCCGCCCGUCACUCAUCUUCCCUCAGAGCGGCAUCAGACAGCGGGGCGUCCGGAUCAAGGUGACACACUCUGUUUUCGCACGGUCCUUUAAAGACGGCAGAGCUUGAAUUGAAUAAGCGAGGACUAUUAAACACGGAGAGGGUGAACCGCGGGAAGAGAGAAAAGCCAGCACUUCACCACAGCACCGGUUUCAAAGGUCUACCUGAUGGCUACCAACAGCUACAUCCCAAUGAAUUUUCUUACUGUAUGUGGGAAAGCCUUCAUCUUUGAUGAGGUUCAGACAGUCAAAAAUGCAAACCUGGAUACAGACUCCUUCAAAAUGUCCACUCUCCCGGCGGAAAGAAGUUGGAUCCGGAGCAAGGACAACAAAUUUGUGUUUAUUAAUUUUGAAGAGAAAAAAUUUGAAGCACAAACCAUGAAUGCAGUGCAGCGACGCAAGCCUGAGUGCCAAUUCGAGUUCCAGUUGUACAAGGAAAACAAUCUAGAUACGUUUAAGAGGGCAGUUAUAGUGUACUAUUGCCCUGCCAACAGUGGAGCCAAGCCGAUGGUUGCAUGCUGCAAUGAGGACAAUAGAAUUCAUGCUGAGGAAAUGGAUCUUCCACGCGAAAUUAUGGAACCUGCACACAAGGCAGUGUUCUUACGGCAUGAAAUCGCAACAUCCAUGUAUGAGCUCCGGUCCUCUUUGUACAAGAACAAGUACCUGGGAUUUAAGGAGAGUGAGAGUGACGGCCUGUACACACUGGUCCUGCUUGAGAAAGCUGAGGAUGUAGUGGAUGAAGCUUGCCAGAUUUCUAUUUCUAAAUGUAAACAAUGACUUCCAAAUGUGACCGUAAGAAGCUUUAUUAUGGCUAAAUCUCGCAUGCAGUUUUUUCAUUGUGCAGUUUCACGAUACAGACUGGACUAGGACUUGUACAGUACCACUGACCCAGUAUGACUGUAGAUUUAAUAGCAUUGUGCCAUUUAAAUUGAAUUAAUUACAACUGGAGUUGUUAAGUAAUAUCUAACUGAACAUAAUUUGUGACAUAACUGAAGUUAAAGAUUAUUCAUUACGGAUGGUUAGAUUUCAAAAAAACAUUUUUACUUCAUCAUUCAGAACUUUUUGUAGAUGUGAUUACAAUUUUUAUGUGAGUAUGUUUUUAAGACUGUAUCAUUCACUUAAGGGAAACUGUCACCUUUCAACCAGCUUUGUAUCUUCACAGUGUGGUCAUGCAAAUGAACCAGCAGAACUUC